AUGGCCUGGAAUCCUGACGAGAACGAGCGGCGGGCUGAAGAGGACGAUGGCGAGGAAGAGCUUGGCGAGAAUGACUACAAGGCGCAGAAGGAUGCUGUCAUAUUCGCCAUCGACAUCAGCGAGUCAAUGUUGGAAAAGCCACCUGUUGGCCCUGACUCCAAAAAAGAUGACGGAGACAGCAUUGUUAUGGCAGCGUUGAAGAGCGCGUCCCAGCUCAUGCAACAGCGCAUUAUUGCGCAGCCCAAGGACAUGAUGGGCAUUCUCUUCUUUGGCACAGAGAAGACCAAGGUCCGUGACCUGCCUGAUGACGAGCGAGCGCCCUUCCCAAACUGCUACCUUCACAUCGACCUCGACGUGCCUUCUGCAGAUGUCGUAAGGGAUCUGAAGGAUAUGGCCGAGACUGGCGAGGAUCCCGACGGCAUUUUCAAGCCCGCGAAGGAGAAGGCUUCCAUCGCUCACAUGCUGAACUGUGCGAACCAAGCCCUCAUGACAAACGCGCCAAAUUUUGGGUCGCGGAGGUUGUUCAUUGUCACAGACAAAGAUGAUCCGUACGGGGGAGACAAGCAGGAGCGUGAAAAAGCGGCUGUGCGCGCCAAAGAUUUGUUCGACCUAGGAGUUACCAUCGAGCUAUUUCCUGUCACUCGCCAGGGACAGAACUUUGAUUUAGACAAAUUCUACACUGACAUCAUAUAUCGUGAUCCUUACGCCGCAACAGAUCCCGACAACCCAGAUGAGAUCAAAACUCUCAAAACUGGGGACGGGAUUUCUUUGCUCAACUCCCUGGUUUCCAGCAUAAACGCCAAACAGACUCCUAAGCGUGCCUACUUCUCCAAGAUGCCCCUCCACCUUGCUCCAGGAUUGACAAUAUCUGUCAAUGGCUAUCUCAUCCUUCAUAAGCAAACCAUUCAACGAAGCUGUUACAUAUGGGUGAACGGUAAUGACCUGCAGAUUGCCCAAGGUAAAGUCAUCAAGACGGAGGAUGGCUCUAUGCGGACGGUCGAGAAGGGGGAGCUCAAGAAAGCAUACAACUUUGGCAGCGGCGGUGACUAUGUCUACUUCAAGCCUGAGGAGCUAGAGCAGAUCAGGCAUUUUGAGGCCAAAUGUUUGCGUAUCAUCGGCUUCAAACCGCGCUCGAUGCUUCCUCCGUGGGCUGCAGUCAAGAAAUCUGCCUUCAUCUUCCCCACCGAGGCAGAUGUUGUCGGCUCAACGCGGGUCUUCUCUGCACUCUGGCGCAAGUUACUUGACAGCAAGAAAAUGGCUAUCGCAUGGUACAUCGCGCGAAAAAACGCUGUGCCCCAAAUCGUCGCCAUCCUUCCGUCUAAGAAGCCUUCGGAUGAAGAAUCUGGGACACAGUCUCUGCCCGCGGGUCUCUGGAUAUACCCUCUUCCAUUCGUGGAUGACCUGCGAGACCUCACGCCUCUGAAAACCCAGCCGGUCGUCACAGCGACCAAUGAAAUGAUCGACCAGAUGCGAAUCAUCGUGGAAAACCUUCAGAUGCCCAAGGGCGUGUACGACCCCUCAAAACAUCCUAACCCUGCUCUUCAAUGGCACUACAAGGUUCUACAGAACAUAGCGCUCGACGAAAGCGUCAAAUCGGAAAAGAAGUCUGACCUCACGGUACCCAAGUACAAGCAGAUCAACAAGCGAGUUGGUCAGUACCAGGUCGAACUUAAGGAGAUGAUCAAGGCGGAAGCUGCCAAUGUUCAGCAGCAGUUGGCCAUCAAACGAGAGGCCGAGGCAGAGGCAGAUGAGGAUGAGCGUCCCAAGAAGAGGAGCAAAGUUGCGCCAAAGAAAGCGGCUGCUCCUUCUGGUGGCAUAAGUCUUACGGAAUUGAAGGAGGCAAUUGAUGAUGACUCGCUGCGUAAGAAGACGGUGGCUGAACUGAGAGCGAUAUGUGCCGAAAAAGAGUUGGGUGUUACAACAGGCAAGAAGAAAGCGGAUCUGUUGGAACUGGUUGAAGAGUGGGUUGAGGGUCAGACGCUAUGA